AAUCGAUUUAGUCACAGAUAAAUACCGGUGUACUUUAGUUUUAUAAUAUAUCGUAUAUUAUAUAAAAUGCGUGUACAUAUUCUAGUGUCGCUGGCAUUAUUAUGCUUGGUAAAAAGCAGCCAAGCGAUGAUCCCAGCUUAUUCGGUAUCAGCUCUGCGGCUCGCAUUCGACGAAAUAUCAAACGUUCUACCGGUCGCCAAUCAGCUGGCGUGCCUCUUGAUACCGUUCUUGAUUAAUUUAAUCAACAAUUUGAAUAAUUUGUCGAACAUCGUCCAGAACUUAACGCCGGCUCUCUUGCCGUACUUUGGGUGUACACUGCCGUUGCUUUACGCAACGUUGACAGAUCUGGCUUCGGUCCUAUUUCUGUACAUAAGCGUUUUAAUAUCGCUGUUCAGGUCGAAUGUCCUGGCGGCUCCGGGCCUGCUGCUGGGUCUCGUGUCGCAGGUCCUAAACCUCGUGUUAGGUCUGCUGACAGGAUUAUCGGACGGAACCGGUCUGUUGUCGGGUUUAAUCAAGCUGAUAACGAACGUCGUUGUUGAGUUAGAAAAGUUAUUGUUGUAAUUGUGUAGUUGUUAAUGUAAUGUAUUUAAUUUUGUUGUAAUUAAUAUAUUGUUGAUAUAUUUA